AUGCGUGGGGUUAGCAAAUAUGCCCCCGCAUCUUUGUGCAUCUACAACGCUGUAGACAGCUGCAGAUCUUAUUUUUGCUAUGGCUUCAAACAUGCCAUUAGAUGCUGCGUAUUUACUGUCAUUAGCACUGGAGGCCAUGGCAUAUGGUUUUUCGAUCCUCAUGUUUAUCGGUAGUAUCUGGGCUUUGACCUACAAACAGCGCAUACAGGAUGUCAGUCGCACGAUCAUUGUGGUGGCUAUCCUGCUGUUCAUACUGAGUACUGCGCACAUCGUCGUGAAUAUCAUUUGUGUUGAAGAUGGGCUAGUGAAGUAUCGCGACACAUUUCCGGGUGGGCCAGUGGCGUUCUUUGCCGACCCUUCUCAAUAUACAAUCACGAUCAAGAACACGUUAUACCUCUUGCAAACUCUACUGGCUGACGGGGUAUUGAUUUAUCGAUGUUAUGUUGUAUGGCAAUCAGUCUUGACCAUUAUCCUACCGAGCAUGCUGUGGUGCAGUGUUGCAGUGACUGGUGUUGGUGCAAACUACAAACUUUCGCACAUCACAAGUGACUCUGAUAAAAUCUAUGACAACGAGCGCGGACAACCUGCACAUUGGGGUACUGCAUUUUUUGCCUCAGCUAUCGCAACAAAUUUGUUGAGUUCAGCAUUACUUGCAUAUCGCAUUUGGAUGAUCGAACAUGAUGUCUCUACAGUUCGCGCCAAGAAGAACACUAUGAUGCCAAUUGUGCGCGUGCUUGUGGAUUCUGCUGCUUUGUACUCUGUGGUGCUCUUGACCUCAUUGAUCACUUAUGCGCGCUCGAACAAUGGACAGCUUGUUAUAUAUGAGAUGGUUACGCCCAUCAUAUCGAUCACCUUCUAUAUGGUCCUUAUUCGCAUCGCAAUCAACAGAAAACACAGUCAACUCUCGACUAUAGGCCCGGGGAUGACCGAUGCAACAGAUCCAGGCACUAUGCAGCAGUAUCCUAUGCGGCCUUUGCAAUUCAAAUCCACACGUAAUGACAAUGAAGCAGCUUAUGGAAUAGGGAUCGAAGACCGGCCAUCAGCAUUCACAGCAGAGUCCGGAAAGGGCUCCCUAUCAAACUUGCAACCAAACUGA